AUGAACCAGAAUAGGUUCAGUAGUAGAACCUAUGAAACUUCUCAGCAACAGUUGGAGACACCCAAGCAGAGCCUCUCUGACUUGGCUGCCAUAGUCUCUAACCUCUCCAAGACCACUCACAAUUUCAUGGCUGAAACUAGGUUUUCCAUUCAAAAAUUGGAGAUACAGGUUGGUCAGCUGAGUAAAAGAAUCCCAGAGAUCCUUUCCAACACUCUUCCAAACAACACCGAGGUGAAUCCCAAGGAAGAGUGCAAGGCCCUCAUGGUGGAGGUGGUGACUGAACCUACUGAAGAGUCUGUUGUUGAGGAGCUCAAGGAAAUCAGAGCUUAUGAGGAGACUGAUAAUGUUACCUUGCAUGCCCCUUUUCUGAGAGAGGAACCUAAAGAAUACUCUUCUUCAGACGAGGACGAAGAGUACAAGGAAGAGCAAAUUGCUAGAUACCUAGAAAUCCUCAGGAAGUUAAAGGCCAACUCUUCUCAUGCAGAGGCGUUGGAGGAGGGAGAUGAGCCUAUAGUACUGGCCAAAGAGUGCAGUGCCCUGGUUCAGAAGAAGCUUCCUCAAAAUCUGCCAGGUCUCGGAAGUUUCCUGAUUCCCUGUACUAUAGGGACCAUCACCUUUGAGAAGGCACUAUAUGACUUUGGCUCAAGCAUCAACCUCAUGCCUCUCUCUGUAAUGAAGAGGCUAGGAAUUUUAGAGGUGCAGCGUGCCAAGAUCUCAUUGGAGAUGGCAAACAAGUCCCAGAAAAGGGCAUAUGGCAUGGUAGAAAAGGUCCUAGUGAAGGUUGAAGACAUUUACAUCCCUGCUGAUUUUGUAAUCCUAGACAAUGGGGAGGAUAGAGAUGAAUCCAUCAUUCUUAGAAGGCCUUUCCUAGACACUGAUAAGGCCAUUAUUGAUGUGAAAAGAGGAGAGCUAGUCUUGAGACUACAUGAGAAUUGUAUCUUGUUCAAGAUACCCAACCCUCAUUCUCCCUCUGACAGAGUUGGUACCACUCACUUAGAACAGUGA